UAAUCCUCCCUCCCUCCCUCCCUCUAAUCCACACCUCUACAAACUACAAAGCAAAGCAAAGGAAAGCGCCCACUUUAAUAUAUAUACAUACUUUACAUAUUCAAAUCUAAAUUAGAGAGAGAGAGAGAGAGAGAGAGAGGGAGAAGGAAGGAAGGCUUGAUCACUGCAGCCUAGAGAUUAAUUGCCAGAAAUUCUCAAUGGAGAAUUGGUGGCGAUACGCCGUGGUAUUCGCCCUCUACCUCCCCCUGAUUGCGAUUUUCGACGUCGGACCAUCGCAAGGCAGAGAUCUCCGCCCAUCCGAGCAUGGAUUGGACUACCAGAACAACGCGACGACGAAGUCGCCGGAAAUGCUAUCCUUCUUCGGCGGAAAGUCGUCGUCGUCGGUGGCUCCGGGGUCUCCAUUCCCGGAGGCGAAGAACGCCACCGAUGACGAGUCGUGGUGGAAGGACGCCUCGGUCUCGGGCCGCGGCGGCGGAGGACGGAAGAGGAAUCACGUGAGGGAGGCGUUGGUGGCGGCCACCGUGGCUUGCGGAGCGACAGGCGUUGCUUUACUCGUUGUCGCGGCGUUGCUUUUUGCCUAUCGGUAUCAAAAGCAAAAAUCCACUGGAAGAACCAAACAGUGAUGACUGACACUGCACAUCCAUUCUACGCGCUGGCCUUGCAAAUAACACACAAAAAAAAAAUACAUUAUAGCUAAAAAAUGAAAUGGAAUGAAACUAAGCUGAUCCGAAGCCCAAGGUGUUAGCUACGUCGAUGACAAAGCGGUAGCGAACUUGACCCUUUUCAAGUCUGGCCAUGGCGGUGUUGACAUAAUCCAUGGGAAUGAGUUCAACAGCAGCAGUGAUGUUGUGUUCCCCUGCAAAAUCUAGCAUUUCUUGCGUCUCCUUCAGCCCCCCGGCUGCACUUCCUGCUAUCAUUUUCCUUCCUGCCGUCCAUUCCAUCCAUAUAUAUAUAUACACAUCACUUUCCCACAAAUAGUAUGUUGUUUCUUACUAAAUUUGGUUACAAGUUAUAAAUUUCCCCUCUUUUUUUUUC